UGCUUAGCUCAGCAAAUCCUGCAGCCAGACACUUCGGAGCAGAGUUGGGGCAGAGGCAGAGCGGGGACCCCGGCCGCCCCUUCCCCUCCCCUCCGGUCCAUCUGACAGCGCUGCUCCCCCAGCCCGGACAAGAUUUGACCAGAUACCACCAAAAAAGGCCUGACUCGUCCGGUGGCCCUGAGACCCCAGUGGGGUCUACCAGCUGUCUCCAGAGCCUGCAGCCUCUGCCCUCAGCUGUGCCCAGCAACCAUGACGAGGAGGCUGUACAAGCGGAACCAGGAACCCAUCACGGCUCCCGCGGCCACCCUGGCAGCGGUGCCUCCGGUGCCUCCCGGAGCCCCGGGGCCCGUGGGCCCAGCUGACAAUUCCACCGAGACCACCUCGGGACAGAGCAAGGGGGACGUGUUCACCAAGCUGAAGGAUAAAUUUUUCAAUGAGAUCAACAAAAUUCCGUUGCCACCCUGGGCACUCAUUGCCAUCGCCGUGGUCGCCGGCCUCCUCAUCCUCACUUGCUGCUUCUGCAUCUGCAAAAAGUGCUGCUGCAAGAAGAAGAAGAACAAGAAAGAGAAGGGGAAGGGCAUGAAGAAUGCCAUGAACAUGAAAGACAUGAAAGGGGGCCAGGAUGAUGACGAUGCGGAGACGGGUCUGACCGAAGGCGAAGGGGAAGGGGAAGAGGAGAAGGAGCCGGAGAACCUGGGCAAACUGCAGUUCUCGCUCGACUAUGACUUCCAGGCCAACCAGUUGACAGUGGGCGUCCUGCAGGCAGCUGAACUGCCCGCCCUGGACAUGGGAGGCACCUCGGACCCCUACGUCAAAGUCUUCCUCCUCCCAGACAAAAAGAAGAAGUACGAGACCAAAGUCCAUCGGAAGACGCUGAACCCCGCCUUCAACGAGACCUUCACUUUCAAGGUGCCCUACCAGGAGCUGGGGGGCAAGACCCUGGUGAUGGCCAUCUAUGACUUCGACCGGUUCUCCAAGCACGACAUCAUCGGGGAGGUCAAGGUGCCCAUGAACACCGUGGACCUGGGCCAGCCCAUCGAGGAAUGGAGGGACUUGCAGGGUGGAGAGAAGGAGGAGCCAGAGAAAUUGGGAGACAUCUGCACCUCCCUGCGGUAUGUGCCCACGGCUGGGAAACUCACAGUGUGCAUCCUUGAAGCCAAGAACCUGAAAAAGAUGGAUGUUGGGGGCCUGUCAGAUCCCUAUGUAAAGAUCCACCUGAUGCAGAAUGGCAAGAGGCUGAAAAAGAAGAAGACGACGGUGAAGAAGAAGACCCUGAACCCGUAUUUCAACGAGUCCUUCAGCUUCGAAAUCCCCUUUGAGCAAAUUCAGAAAGUCCAGGUGGUGGUCACGGUCCUGGACUACGACAAGCUGGGCAAAAACGAGGCCAUUGGUAAAAUCUUCGUGGGCUGCAAUGCCACGGGCACGGAGCUGAGGCACUGGUCUGACAUGCUGGCCAAUCCCCGGCGGCCCAUUGCCCAGUGGCACUCCCUGAAGCCCGAGGAGGAGGUGGACGCCCUUUUGGGAAAGAACAAAUAGAGGACACAGUGGGGCUCCCUGCAACCUUACAAACAUCUAAGCGAUCCAGAGCUAUCAAUACCUCAGUUAUGCAACUUUAGAGGUUUUUUUUUUCCCUUUGGUCAGUGGUGUGUCAUUUUCGUCUUUGGUUGUUUUUUUUUUUUAAGACAAACUAACCUUUGUUAGCUGUGCUAGGAGAGUCCCCAAAGAGGUGGAACUGAAGUCUGUCUUGUUUCAUUCUCUCUGGAGCUGCCCUUUGCUGCAUGACCCAUCCAUUCUCCACCGUUCAUUCAAAUCCUCGGUCAAAUCUCUCUCUUGGGACCUUUUGAGGUAAAUUGAGAAAAUGGUGGCACUUCCUGUCAUCGGAAUGUUCUGGAGCUCAAUGGUGAGCCAACAAAAUGGCAGCACUUCCUUUUCUCUGAAUGAUUUUCAAGCCUUGUGGUGAUGGACCACCAAAUGUGAACAUUCUGGAGCCCAACUGGUGGCAAACUGAGAAAAAUGAGGCAUUUCCUAUUUCCUAGACUCUCUGAGAAACCAGCCCAACAGCCGCAUUUCCCGUCCCCUGUCCUUGCUGCCGUUCAUUUGGUGGUGAAUCAGGAAGGUGACGGGAGUGAUUCCUGAACUUUGCUGAGAGGACAACACCGAGCUGGACCACAAACCACGUACCUGCGGGUGCUUCUGCUUCUGAGCGUCAAGUGGGCCGCAUGUGUCUGCCACUGAACAGCUUUGAGCCUCUCCGUUUGGUACUAGACGGGGCCGGAAGGGUAAUGAGGGCACGUAGGGGCCCCUCUCUGGGAUGGAGACUGUAGCACGUUCUUCUGGGAAACUGCUUCUGAAAACCCCUGGAUAAUAGCUGGAUCUUGAUGACCUCUUGAGGCGAUCCAAGAUCUCAGUUUUAUCUGACUCCUUUGGGAAUGUUUCCAGAAAUCCGGUGACCCCACAUCAAUCGUCUCAGAAGACAGGGAGAUCCGGAAAUUGGACUGGCCAAACUUGAAAGGAUGGUUGGCUACUCCGGGCUCCAUCACCCCGGGGAAACCUUCACCGUUCUGUUUCCGUAAAGCAGCAUUCCGGGCGAUUGGUGCAUAGUGCCCUUUUCAGAUAAGGUCUGCCUGGCUUCUCCCGGGCCUGGCAGUCCCCAGAAACUCCUUGCUAGUCUGUCUGCAAUAUCAAACCCCAAGAGACUGAGAUUCAGCUUCCCUGAAAGACCAGAUUGAGGAAAUCAACUCCUCAGACUCCACCCCGAGGGUGGACUCUAGACAAUCUCUCCACACUGUUGAUUUGCCUAGAUUUCCCAACACGCUUUGCUCUUAAAAAUGUCAACGGGAUGACCCUCUCUGAAGACAAGUAACCUGCCCUCGGUAGAGACGGAGAAUUUCAUGGGAAGAAUGUUUAAAUAUUUGUAAGGUCUCUGAGGUCCAGGUGAGAGUGAGUCAGAGGGGCAAAAUUGAUGGACAUUUCACCAGUAGGAGAUGAAUGCCAGUUUAUGGAUUUCUUUCCCCACAACCAGGCCUCUUCUUGUCUGCCUGAGGACGUGAUUCAUCCCAUUUGUGUGAGUGUGUGCUGCCGGAGGGGGCAGUGAGGGAGGGAGGAGUAAAGUUCCAUGUGCUUUGUGCUUCUGAGAGUCGGGGGAAUGUUCCUGGGGGGACUCCAGAAGAGACCUGCAUGGAAGAGCGUUGGAAAUUCCAUUCCCGAGUGGCAGCUCCCUGAAUUCCAAGAGGAAAGGAAAAUCCAUUCCAAGCCAGGUUCUGCCACAAGCCGUCAGCCACCCUGCUCCCUCCAUGUCUCUUGCCCACCCCAUUGAUAAAAGCCAUAUAUGUGUUGACCAAGGUU